CUAUGUUUCGACCUCAUCCCUUCCAGACAAGUACUUGAUAUCGUUGUACCAGGGGGUAAUGGCGACACUUUUCUUCACGCACUUGGGGAAGAAACCGCGGAAAUCGCAGACGAACAUGCCCUGACGCUCUUCUCACAUCUUCUCAACAAUGUUUCCAAAAUGAGUGAAGAAUUUAAUCGUAUGUGCUCGACAGCGGAAACAGCUACUACAGUACCCAUACUUGCUAGUAUCUAUAAUCAUAUUGCACUUCCUCUUUCCCAGGUUUGAGUGCCUCCGACAAGCCCAUCUCCGAAAUUCAACGGACCGAGUUGAACAUGGACAUUUCGUCCAAGCAUAAACGCUCUGCGACCAGUAUAGAGGCUGAUGUUGAUCUCAGAGAUUCGAAACGCACAAAAACUUCUGCCAUAUCCAAACUCCUAAGCACAAAUCGUACGUCCAAGAAGGUCCCAGAAGAGGCAAGCAUCCGCGUAUCGAAGAAUUCUGUAUCUAAUCCAUUGGUCAAUACGCGAGCAAACCCGUUGAUUCCUCGCUCUUCUACCGUUUCCGCUGGGUCCUUACCUUCUUCCUCGCUUCGUCGGGUCCCUGUUUGCGGUACUUCUGAUGCUUCCCGUCCUACUGCACGAGCACAAAACAGUACCAAUCGGUCGGUGUCUGUGGUUCAUAGACAAGCUGUCUACAUUGAUGACAGCAAACCGGCUUCCCACAAGCAUAGUAGUAGAACCUCCGCUCCAUCUGCCUUCCCCUCGUCCGAGUCAUGGGUGGAAGAUGACCUCGCUCAUUCGCUCAAGACACAUUCUAGUUCAUCCAAGACCACUACUUCUGAGACUGGCCCUCUGAAUUCCAAUAUCAUCAACGACAAUAACCCCACGGGAUCAUCUACUUUUGGCUUCCGCGCAGAAACAAGUUCAGAUACAGCUGAAGUUGUUUCUACUCGCCCCCCUGCAUCCUCUACAUCUUUACCUGUGUCCUCCUUGUCUUCGGCGCUUGGAAGUGUAGCACAUGCUCUUGUCAACAAUGUGAUCCUGCCAUCUGUUCUUCCAGAUUCUGAGAGCAUCAAGCCGAAGCUCCUCGAUGACACAACUGUACAGCUUCUUUCUGCUGCACAUAAGGCCAUCGGCGCGCUUCUUGCUGCCCAUCAAGCCGCUGUUGCUCGAGAGGAGGGUGUGGUUUAGCAACACAAGAAUGGAAUGUACUAUAAUAAGAUUUUCGCUUUGUUUCGUUUCAUAAAUUGAAUUUGUAUUCGUUGUUUUUCAAAUGAAUGUUCGCACUACUACUACACUGCAC